AUGAUUCCAGAAUUUUAUAAUGGUCGUGAAAUAUUUAUUACCGGUGGAUCGGGUGUUGUGGGAAAAGCCCUUAUUGAAAAAUUGUUACGUUCGUGUAAUAUAAAGAAACUCUAUAUAUUGCUACGCCCUAAAAAGAAUCGCGGAAUCGAUGACCGUCUAGAGGAUUUGAGACAGGAAAUGAUUUUCCGCCGUCUACGAAAGGAGAAACCCAAUGAAUUUAUCGAAAAGGUGAUUGCCAUACCCGGUGAUGUCUUGCAGCCCAUGUUGGGUAUAUCUCCGGAAAAUAUAGCUCGAAUGUCAAAUGUUUCGUUAAUAUAUCAUAGUGCUGCAACCAUACGAUUUGAUGAACCCUUUAAGGAUGCUGUGAAUUUGAAUGUUGGUGGUACCUUGGAGGCAUUGCGAUUUGCCGAAACUUUAAAAAAUCUUGAAGUCUUCAUGCAUGUGUCGACCUAUUAUAGUAAUCCAUAUUUGGAAUUUGUAGAACCCAAACUAUAUCGGGCGCCAAUGAAUUGGAAAUUUUGUUUGGAUUUGGUGCGACGUAAGGAUUUGCCGUACGAAAUGCUUGAUGUCCUAACAAGGAAAUUAAUUAUGGGCUUUCCCAAUACCUAUUGUUUUACCAAAAAUUUGGGCGAGUCUUUGGUCAAUGAAUAUCGCCAUAAAUUACCGGUGGUCAUAUAUAGGCCAUCCAUCGUCAUCUUUUCUGUUGAAGAACCAGAACCGGACAUAACCGUUAAGAGCAUGGCCUAUUAUACUUUGAAAGCCAGUGCAAUUUAUGCCAAAGGUAAACCCGAUGAAGUUCCAAUUUUCCACACCUCCAUGGUACGACAUGUACCGCUGACCUACACCAAAACGGUGGGACUUUCCAUGGAUUUGAAAUUCUACGAACAUGCUGUAUUGGAGAAGAAUUUUCUUAUACCUGGGGUUCAGUUUACCGAGUCGCGAUCGGUAUUUAAUAAAAAAUGUUUCUUUUAGGUCUGGCUAAAACAAAUUAUUCCAGCUAUGAUUGGAGAUUUACUUCUCAGGCUGAGUGGUCGAAAACCCUUCAUGAUGUUCGUCCAACGUAAAGUGUAUCACGUGCUGAAAGUUUUCGAACCGUUUACUUUUAAUAUGUACUACAGUGAUGGUAUCACUUACUAUGAGGAAAUGCUUGAGGUCUUGAAGAAGUAA